ACGAGAAGCAGCCACACUGUUUUUGUGUGUUGUUGCCGCAGAUUCCGUCACAAAACAUCGGACGUUAAAUUUUUGUUUUUGCACUUGCUUGGAAAUUCGGACUCCGUCGGAAAUUGAAACCGUUUAGGCCAAAGCAUUCCCCACUUGUGCAACGCGAAAACACUCACAAAGAAGGAGCGGAGGGAAAGCGCCCGUGGAAAUGGGCAGUAACUCCCACGAAAGUGGAAAUUGUGUGAUGUCAUUUUGACUGUGUUGUUCGCUGGCUGCCUUCGAGUUAAUUGAAACAACUUCCUGUGCUGCUGCUGAUUUUCUGCUGCCAACUGUUUUUUAGCGCCACUGUGCGUGUGGGAGUGAGUGCGAGUGUGAGUGAGUGCAACACGCGUGCUGGUAUUUGCAUUUGGAUAUUGCCAGUUGUGCUGAAUUAUUCGCCGUUAAAAGCACACGGAUAAUUGGUCAUUAAGUGCCCCACACAUUUGCUUCGCUUUUAUUUUGCGGGAGAAGGAGGGGAAGCAGAGAACCCACUCACACACACACACACACUGAAAAGAGAAAAGGUGAAACGCACGCAUACCAACGAACCACACCGCGAGUGGAGUUGAGUGGGGUUUCACACCCAACAACAAGAAAAAACUCACUCCCCAAGUCCGGCGGCAUAAACAAAAACACAAUAGAAACUUUUAUCGGAAUUUUAUCGAUUUCCCUCCAAAACAAAUAACUUUAAAACACCAGAGAAGUUACGAAGCUAAGCACAGGAGAAAUCCACGAUUCCGCCCAGGAAAACAACAGGAACAACGAGAGUUAAACACCUGCCACGCCCACGGGCAGCUGUACCGUCCAUUCGCCUCCGGAAUCCUCCCUUCCCAGUCCCCAAUUCCCCACCAGGUGAUCCAUCAUCAUGUCCACUCCCAAUGCCCCGGAUAGUGGCUCAUCGGAGGGCCAAAGCCAAACGCUGCAGGAUCUGCGCAUGGAGGUGGAGCGGCUGACGCGGGAACUUGACCAGGUCUCCUCUGCCAGCGCCCAGUCCGCCCAAUAUGGCUUAUCCCUGCUGGAGGAAAAGUCCGCCCUGCAGCACAAGUGCGAGGAGCUGGAGACACUUUACGACAACACACGCCACGAACUGGAUAUCACACAGGAGGCGCUGACCAAGUUCCAGACCUCACAGAAGGUGACCAACAAGACGGGCAUCGAACAGGAGGACGCCCUGUUAAAUGAGUCCGCUGCCAGGGAGACAUCUCUCAAUUUGCAGAUCUUUGAUCUGGAAAAUGAGAUCAAGCAGCUGCGCCAUGAGCUGGAGCGGGUGCGCAACGAGCGCGACAGAAUGCUCCAGGAGAACUCAGACUUUGGCCGGGACAAGAGCGACAACGAGGCGGAGCGACUGCGUCUCAAGUCCGAGCUGAAGGACCUGAAGUUCCGAGAGACGCGCAUGCUGAGCGAGUAUUCGGAGCUGGAGGAGGAAAACAUAUCGCUGCAAAAGCAGGUCUCUAACCUGCGCAGCUCUCAGGUGGAAUUUGAAGGUGCCAAACAUGAGAUUCGUCGCCUCACCGAGGAAGUUGAGAUUCUGAAUCAACAGGUCGAUGAGCUGGGGAACCUCAAGAAGAUUGCCGAGAAGCAAAUGGAGGAGGCGCUUGAGGCUCUGCAGGGUGAGCGCGAGGCGAAGUAUGCGCUGAAAAAGGAGCUGGAUGGGCACCUGAACCGCGAGUCCAUGUACCACAUCAGCAACCUGGCCUACAGCAUACGUAGCAACAUGGAGGACAACGCCAGCAACAACUCCGAUGGCGAGGGAAACCUGGCACUCAAGCGUCUGGAGGCUGACCUUAGCACCGAACUGAAGUCACCCGACGGCACCAAGUGCGAUCUGUUCUCAGAGAUCCAUCUGAACGAGCUGAAGAAGCUGGAGAAGCAGCUGGAGAGCAUGGAGAGUGAGAAGACCCAUCUGACGGCCAAUUUACGUGAGGCACAGACGAGCCUGGACAAGUCUCAAAACGAGUUGCAGAACUUCAUGUCCCGCCUGGCCCUUUUGGCAGCUCAUGUGGAUGCCCUCGUCCAGCUCAAGAAGCAGAUCGAUGUGAAGGAGCAGGGCGGCAAGGAGAGCGAGCAGAAGAAGGAGGAACUGGAACAGCAGCUGCGUGCUUUGAUCUCGCAGUAUGCCAACUGGUUCACGCUUUCCGCCAAGGAAAUCGAUGGCCUCAAGACUGACAUUGCCGAGCUGCAGAAGGGUCUCAACUACACGGAUGCCACAACCACGCUGCGCAACGAGGUGACCAAUCUGAAGAACAAACUCCUCGCCACGGAACAAAAGUCCUUGGAUCUACAGAGUGAUGCAACCCUAACCCACAUCUCACAAAAUGCUGGACAAAGCCUGGGCUCAGCUCGCAGUACUCUGGUGGCUCUAAGCGACGAUCUGGCCCAGCUGUACCAUCUGGUGUGCACAGUCAACGGGGAAACUCCAACACGUGUCCUGCUGGAUCACAAGAGCGACGAUAUGAGCUUCGAGAACGACUCACUGACUGCCAUCCAAUCGCAGUUCAAAUCUGAUGUCUUUAUUGCCAAGCCACAGAUCGUGGAGGAUUUGCAGGGCCUGGCAGAUUCCGUGGAGAUCAAGAAGUACGUAGACACGGUCAGCGAUCAGAUCAAACACCUGAAAACAGCCGUGGAGCAUACCAUAGAUAUGAACAAGCAUAAAGUGCGCUCCGAGGGUGGCGAUGCCUUGGAGAAGGUCAACACCGAGGAGAUGGAGGAGCUGCAGGAGCAGAUAGUCAAGUUGAAGAGCCUGCUGUCCGUAAAGCGCGAGCAAAUCGGAACGCUGCGCAACGUGCUCAAGUCAAACAAGCAAACCGCCGAGGUGGCUCUCACCAAUCUCAAGUCCAAGUACGAGAACGAGAAUAUCGUCAGCGAUACCAUGUCCAAGCUGCGUAAUGAGCUUAGACUGCUCAAGGAAGAUGCGGCCACCUUCUCCAGUCUGCGUGCCAUGUUUGCCGCUCGCUGCGAGGAGUACGUUACUCAGGUGGAUGAUCUCAAUCGCCAGCUGGAGGCUGCUGAGGAGGAGAAGAAAACGCUCAACCAGCUGCUACGCUUGGCUGUCCAGCAAAAGCUGGCCCUCACCCAGCGCCUCGAGGAGAUGGAAAUGGAUCGUGAAAUGCGUCACGUGCGUCGCCCUAUGCCCGCCCAGCGGGGCACUAGCGGCAAGUCCUCGUUCAGUACGCGUCCUUCGAGCAGGAAUCCAGCGAGCGGAAACACCAAUCCCUUCUAACAUAAGAUCAGCGUGCAGCGUAAACUUUUAGCUUUGGUUUAUACUUUGCUUAAGUUGUAAAUUCGUUGGAGUUCCUGCGGAGCGAAAGAGGGAGAUACACGCGAUAUCCUACAUGUCCAGGCUCUAUCCAACUAUCCAGCUCUACUAUAACUACGUUUGUUUGUAUUGUAUUUGUAUUUAUUGAAAGUUUAGUUAGAUGAAAGGUUUGUGUUAGACGAGGAAGCCGAUUAGAAUGGUUAUUAACACGGUUAGUUACUUAAACGUCCAAUUAAUUUAAUUAAACAAAAGAUGGCAAGAUUAAGAGCAAAAGAUUAAAUGAUAACGUAACGAAUUGUA